AUGCAUCGUUUUACAGAUGUCGAGAUACCUGCAAAACGACUUCCACAUAUAUUUGGGUAUUUGGAGGGUCCAUUGCUUGGUCUCAUGGAAACUCUCGAACCACUGUCUUCUCACGUCAAAUAUCUACAUGAAGCUGUGAAAACUGCUACAAAGAAAUGUCAUUUUCCUUCAGAACAUGGUCUCACACGCGAUGAAUCAGCUGCGCUCUACAUCUAUACAAUGGAAUGGGAUGAGAAAUCCCUUUAUAAAGUGCUCAAUGAAGCCCUUCGUUCGAAAUAUCGAAAAAGAGUGACAGUUUGGUUCCCAUAUUUGAAAUUAUUUCAUACGGCAGUACAGAAAUUGCCAAAUGUUCAAAAGAAUCUUUGGCGAGGCAUUGAACGAGAUUUUACUAAUAGCUUUAAAAAAGACGAUGUAAUUACUUGGUGGAGUAUCAGCUCUUGUUCACCUGAUGUUGACGUCAUCAAAGAGUUUCUUAAAGACAAUUCAACACUAUUUCUGAUCGAAGCAGUGCAAGGCAAAGACAUAUCGAUGUAUAGUAGUUAUCCAUUCGAGAAAGAAGUUCUUCUUUGUCCAGCCACUCGACUUCAAGUUUUAUCCAAUGGUCUCGAAAGCUCGUCAUUUCACUUAGUACAUUUGCGAGAGAUGCACGAUGAAAGCCUACCAUCACCACCGCCAUCAGCUACAUUAACACCGGCAACUAUAGAUCUAACGUUUGGAGUUUUAGUCGAUGAAAUUGGCAACAGAUACGAAUCAUCAAUUCAUAAAUUGUAUUAUUGA